CGUUGUUUUAGAAUCUUUUAAACGUGAUAUUCGUCAUCAGGAGCUCAAGUUGUACUAGUCCUGUUACUCUCGAACAAUCCGGAUAAAGUCGGUGUAAAGCCUGGUACGCUCUCGAAAGAAUCACCCAAGAUCAAGCUGCGCAACCGCCAUCACCAUCACCAGUCUCUAGUUAUUGGAACACUGAUCGUAUACGAGAAUGGGUAAUAGAAGAAACAAAUGACAAUGGACGAACAACAACACCAAUUAUUGUUAAGGAAUGUAAAACAAUAACAAAAAAUGAUUUAGUCACUUUUUAUCGUCGUUUUCGUGGUGAAACUCAGACUUCAACAUCCGCAGCAGCAUUUUUAUAUUCAAAUCCAUUAUCAAGUCAUCAUGCGUAUGCAUUAGAUAAAUAUGGUAAACUAAUUGGUUUCCUAUUUUCUGAAGAAAAAAAUAAACUUUUAAAUAAUCAACAAUUAUUAAAGAUCACGCCAAUUAUUGACAUACUCAUUGAACCUGUGUAUGAGAGAAGACGUCUAUUAUAUACAGUAUUAAAAAACUUUGAGUUAAAUCCUUUGCUCUACCCUCAUUCGAUGAACGAACGCCUUGUGACAAUUUCAUCAAUAUUAAAUGACAAACAUUUAAUCUAUUUACGUGACUUUGACAAUAAUUUAAAUAUAAUUCAUAAACGUUUUAAUUUUAAUAAUCAACGUUUCAAUAAACUUCAACUAGACGAAGCUCGUUUAUUCACAUCAAAAGCAAUGGAAAUUACAUAA